CGGGGGGGGGUGCGGCGCGGAGGGGGUCGCGGCGUGAGGGGCGCGCAGGCCGCGGCGGCUCCGCUACCCCCGGCGAGCCCGAUGUGAGCGCCCCGCGGCGGGGCCAGGCAGCGGGGCCAUGAAGAAGGACGUGAGGAUCCUGCUGGUGGGAGAACCCAGAGUUGGGAAGACAUCGCUAAUUAUGUCUCUUGUCAGUGAAGAAUUUCCAGAAGAGGUUCCACCACGUGCUGAAGAAAUCACCAUUCCAGCUGAUGUCACCCCUGAAAGAGUGCCAACACACAUAGUGGAUUAUUCGGAAGCAGAACAAAAUGAUGAACAACUCUAUCAUGAAAUCUCACAGGCCAACGUGAUUUGUAUAGUAUAUGCUGUUAACAACAAGAAUUCCAUUGAUAAGGUAACAAGUCGAUGGAUUCCUCUCAUCAAUGAAAGGACAGAUAAAGAUAGCAGGCUGCCUCUUAUAUUAGUUGGAAACAAGUCUGAUCUAGUGGAGUACAGCAGUAUGGAAACUAUUCUUCCCAUUAUGAAUCAAUAUACAGAGAUAGAAACAUGUGUAGAGUGUUCAGCUAAAAACUUGAAGAAUAUAUCUGAACUAUUCUAUUACGCACAGAAAGCUGUUCUGCAUCCUACAGGUCCUCUUUAUUGCCCAGAGGAGAAAGAGAUGAAACCUGCCUGUAUUAAAGCACUCACUCGCAUUUUUAGAAUCUCUGAUCAGGAUAACGAUGGUACUCUCAAUGAUGCAGAGCUCAACUUCUUUCAGAGAAUUUGUUUUAAUACACCAUUGGCUCCUCAAGCUUUGGAAGAUGUAAAGAAUGUAGUUAGGAAAAACGUCAGCGAUGGAGUUGCUGAUAAUGGAUUAACCUUAAAAGGUUUUCUUUUUCUACACACACUUUUCAUUCAGCGAGGAAGGCAUGAAACAACAUGGACUGUUCUGCGUCGCUUUGGUUAUGAUGAUGACUUAGAGCUUACCCCAGAGUACUUGUUUCCUCUGCUAAGAAUUCCUCCAGACUGCACAACAGAAUUAAAUCAUCAUGCAUACUUGUUUCUUCAAAGCAUUUUUGAUAAGCAUGAUUUGGACAGAGAUUGUGCUUUGUCUACUGAUGAACUGAAAGAUUUGUUCAAAGUCUUUCCUUAUAUGCCAUGGGGGCCUGAUGUUAACAACACUGUUUGUACAAAUGAAAGGGGGUGGAUUACCUACCAGGGGUUUCUCUCUCAGUGGACACUGACCACGUACUUGGAUGUACAGCGUUGCCUGGAGUACCUGGGCUACUUAGGCUACUCGAUACUUGCAGAACAAGAAUCUCAAGCAUCAGCAAUUACAGUAACAAGAGAUAAAAAGAUAGAUCUCCAGAAAAAACAGACUCAGAGAAAUGUGUUCCGAUGCAAUGUUGUUGGAAUGAAGGGCUGUGGGAAAAGUGGAGUUCUUCAAGCUCUUCUUGGAAGAAAUCUAAUGAGACAGAGGCAAAUACGUGCAGAGCACAAAUCUUACUACGCCAUAAACACAGUCUAUGUGUAUGGACAAGAAAAAUACUUGCUGCUACAUGAUGUCAGUGACUCAGAAUUUUUGACUGAUGCUGAGACCGUGUGUGACGUUGUCUGCCUGGUAUAUGAUGUCAGUAACCCUAAGUCCUUUGAGUACUGUGUCAGGAUUUUUAAGCAACACUUCAUGGAUAGCAGAAUACCGUGCUUAGUGGUAGCUGCAAAGUCUGACUUGCAUGAAGUUAGACAAGAAUAUAGUAUUUCUCCUGCUGAAUUCUGCAAAAAACACAAAAUGCCUCCACCUCAAGCCUUUACCUGUAAUACUGUUGAUAUGCCGAGUAAGGAUAUCUUUGUUAAACUGACAACUAUGGCAAUGUAUCCCCAUGCCCGGUUACGCUGUAUGUGCGCCUGCAACAGGUGUACAUUUUGCAUCUGUCAGAACUUCCUCAACUCAGACUUGCUGCAAUCUGUAAAGAACAAACUCUUCACUGCAGUUCUUAACAGAUAUUUUGGAAAAAGCAAAGGGUUAAGACCCCACAUAGAUGAGUUGGGUGCCAUGCUGUUAGCAGACGAGGAGAGCAGUAUUAUGCAUCAGGUGCACGCCGUCAGCUUUGUAGAAGAUUCCAUCUUCAUGGAGUCAUCUCUUGGUCCACGUUUGCUUGAAGACAGGCACGUGACACAAGCGGACCUCAAGAGCUCCACGUUUUGGCUCCGAGCAAGUUUUGGUGCUACUGUCUUUGCAUUUCUGGGUUUCGCUAUGUACAAAGCAUUAAUAAAGCAGCGGUGAUCUGAGAAGAAGCACAUCUGGCCCUACCAAAUGGAAAUAAACUUUUAUGUACAUUCUGAAUGCUUUAAAUUCCGCUAGAAAUAUUUAUAUAUGCAGAGUUACUUUAUUAAUAUUUGUAAUUCAUGCAUAAGAUUAUUUUAAAUUAUAGUUCUAACUGCAGUAUUGCAAAAUGGGGGGGUGGGGGGGAGGGAGGAAUCACUUCUAAGCAGCCAGCUCCAGGGGCUUGACGGGUGAGGCCAAAAGGGAACUUGUAAAUAACCUGUACAUAGGAGAGCAGGACAGCAUUGCUUCCCAAGGAGUUGUUCAGAAUGCUGUUCUGAGGGCUUUCACCACAGUGACAUCCUGCUGUAUAGCUGAACUUCGUUUUCCAUAGAGUAGGUUCAACUCGAGGAUCAUACUUCCUGAAGGAUUGCUUAUUUAUUUCACUUUCAUUUGAAGUGACUGCAUCGUUUUGGACUCCAAACUCAAUCAGAAAUUGUGAAUUUCUUUCUAACAGCCAACCUUCCCCCCUGUAAUGUAUUUCCAGAACGAGCCCUGGCCUUCGGUUUUGUAUGCUGUAUGACCAGCGCCAUGCUUAGCACUCAAGUAUUUCUUUUAAAAGGAAAAACGUAAACUUCAAUGACUGCCAGACCAACUUCACAUGCUGUGUGCAGCUGUUACUCAUUUUCCACUACGCUGUGUUUUAUAUCCCUUAUCAAUCAGGUGAGAACAUUUGUACAUUAUAAAUGUUAAUAACUCGAGAAGUGCUGCUGUUCAGUUUCUCACGGGUGUCAGUUGUACCUGACAACAGCUGUGCAUCAGAUAGAACCGAAAUAGUACACAGUGCCUAUCUGCUGUAGUCUCUUAGUUGCAUGGUUCACAGUGCAUUCUGUACCUGGCUAGAGUUACCUGUAGACACAGCUUUUCUAACAAUCGAGUAAAUAUUAAUUCCGCCCUCGUGACAAACUUAUUUUUCCAUUGCUGGCCUUUUCAACUAUUUCAAUAAAAUAACUGUGUACUGUG